CUCAACGCCAGCAACUGACUCAAACGCGCGCGCGCGCGCACACACAGAGACAUUGCCACAGUCAUACACAAGGCGUACCUGUUCGCCUCGUACUCCGCCACCGAGAUAAAGGUUAAAUUCAUUGGAUCCUAUAUGAUUGUCAACUAGGCCCUUUGAAACCCAGCUUCAACUUCGCUUCGCCCAUUUGCCAACUUCGACUUGGAGCUCUCUUGCAUUACUGUUUCUUCACUUGGUGUUCCUUAGCAGGUUGUUCUACUGCAAUGGCUUCUACUUGUUCUUUGCCUGCUUUUAACUUGCAUCAGGCUAUGCCUACUUCCAAGGCGACCAUGUGUUAUGGCAAGUUUUUGUGCAGUUAUUCAAAUUUAGUCUCUAAACAAUCGGUUCAAUCCAAGCCAAUUUUUAUAUCUACUGACUCAACAUAUGCAAGGGUGUUACCCAAUGCAAUAUCAAUGAAUAGGAGAGAAUGUGAAAGGUUUUCACUAAGGAAUGGACUCCUGUGCAAAGCAUUAGAGAUCGAAAAUAAUUCUCUGUUUCGGGUGGGCAAUAAGUUUCAACUUGAUGACGUGAUUGAAGCUCAGCAAUUUGAUAGGGAUACCCUCAGUGCCAUAUUUGAAGUGGCACGCGAUAUGGAGAAGAUUGAGAAGAACUCGUUUGGCAGCCAAAUUCUUAAGGGCUAUCUAAUGGCCACUCUCUUCUACGAGCCAUCAACUAGAACUAGGCUUUCGUUUGAGUCCGCCAUGAAACGGUUAGGUGGGGAAGUUUUGACCACAGAAAAUGCACGUGAGUUCUCAUCAGCUGCAAAAGGAGAGACACUUGAAGAUACUAUAAGAACCGUCGAGGGGUACUCAGACAUAAUUGUGAUGAGGCACUUUGAAAGUGGUGCAGCCAGAAGAGCCGCAGCCACUGCCAGUAUUCCUGUUAUUAAUGCAGGGGAUGGCCCAGGACAGCAUCCAACUCAGGCUCUUCUGGAUGUAUACACCAUUGAAAGAGAGAUAGGCAAACUGAAUGGCAUCAAAGUUGGACUUGUUGGAGAUCUUGCUAAUGGAAGGACUGUUCGUUCUCUUGCAUAUCUGCUUUCCAAGUACCUGGAUGUCAAGAUCUACUUUGUGUCUCCUGAUGUGGUGAAAAUGAAGGAUGACAUAAAAGAUUAUCUGUCAUCAAAAGGAGUUGCAUGGGAAGAAAGUGGUGAUUUAAUGGAAGUGGCGUCUAAGUGUGAUGUGGUGUAUCAAACUCGCAUUCAGCGAGAACGCUUUGGAGAGAGGACUGAUCUUUAUGAGGAAGCUCGAGGCAAGUACAUAGUGGAUCGGAAUGUCCUGAGUAUUAUGCAGAAACAUGCAGUGAUCAUGCAUCCUCUUCCAAGGCUAGAUGAGAUAACUGUGGAUGUUGAUGAGGAUCCAAGGGCUGCCUAUUUUAGACAAGCCAAGAAUGGUCUCUACAUCAGAAUGGCUCUUUUGAAGCUUUUACUGGUUGGUUGGUGAGAGAGAUUUUCUAUCAUCAAGUUUUGACGGAUGUUUGCACAAUAAUUGUUAAAUUACAAUUUUGUUUCUUGUUUGGCCUAUACUUAUUUUUAUUGUAACAAGCUAACCCAGUUAACUCGAGCUGAGUCU